GAAAUGAGUCUUGUAGUUGCAGCCCAGCCUGCUAGCUAACGCUAUCUACUACAAGUGAGCCAACUCUCAAUCGAAAAUGGCGACGACAAAAAGACGGAAGUCGUAGCAGAGAGCUGGGCAGGGGCUGGAUGUCCAAAAUGGUUCCAUAACUUCCAGUACCACAGUGAGAGGCCCAGUCAUUACCAGCCUGGUGACUGUCCUGUAGUCCAGGUUGAGAACACACUGUCCAUUCACCUGGCACACAAACUGCCGCACCUAAAGAAGAUGAGGAGAGCAGCUGCUGCAGGGCUUCCAGGGUCAACCGCCUGCACAUAACAGGGAGCCAUGCCUCUGACAACAAAGCCCCAGGCCAGGGCAUCUCCUAUCACCUGUGAUGGCAGGAGGAAAAACAACAUGGAUUUCGUCAGCGACUUCGACUUGAUGAAGUUCGGCGUAAAGAAGGAGGCGAUGCAGGGGAUGGACCGCUCCUUCGUCGGGCCAUGCAGCCAGCUCCAGAGACCUGACUCUGUUUCCUCCACCCCUGGCAGCACACCUUGUAACUCGGUACCCUCGUCACCAAACCUCAAUCCAAGCGAGCAGAGAAAUAACCCCGGGGGUGACCAGUUCUGGAUACCCAACAACGGGGGUUACCCUCAGCAAAUGUACCCUCAGGCUUUCGGUCUGACACCCGAGGACGCAAUGGAGGCCCUGAUCGGCGCCACGGCGCAGCAGGGACACCCAUCUGUGCCCCACGGCCACCAUCAGCCCCCUUUCCAAGCCGAAUACGAAGGGUACGGCCACCUCAACGAGCCUGUCCAGCACUACCCGGGACUCCCGGGUCACCCCGACAUGCAAGGUAUUCCCGGCAGUCACUGCCAAGACCCCUAUCUCAAAGAUGACAUGGGGUGCGAUUCCUCUGAGUCGCAGGAUGACGAGCAGGUCCUCGGUGCGCACCACCAGCACAGCCGCCACGACCGGCGAUCCAACGCCGACAGCCACUUCUCAGACGACCAGCUGGUGUCCAUGUCCGUCAGGGAGCUCAAUCGGCUCCUCAGAGGCCUCGGCAAGGACGAGGUGAUGCGUCUGAAGCAGAAGCGCCGGACCCUGAAAAACAGAGGUUACGCACAGUCCUGCCGUUACAAGCGCGUGCAGCAGAAACACGUUUUGGAGCACGAAAAGACCAGCCUGGUUGGUCAGGUCGAGCAGCUGAAACAUGAACUAAACAGACUGAUGCGGGAGAGGGAUGCAUACAAACUUAAAUGUGAGAAACUGUCCGGUGCAAACUGUUACCACGAAACUGGGUCUACCAGUGACAACCCUUCCUCACCCGAGUAUUUAAUGUGAGUUUGUUAAUCCCGCAGAACUGAUUCUUCUCCAUGGCGGAGGCAUUAUGUUGACAGAACGCCUUGCUCUUUAACACACAGGCCCAUGGACUCUUCAAAUUGUAAUUAAUGUUGGACAUAAGGAUAUCACUCAAAUAAUUGUAAUAGAUACAACUAGGCAACAAGUUAUGAAUGGAAAAUUACAAUGAAGCAUGCAUGCAGGACAUGUAUGAGAUGUUUUUAUUUUAUACAGGCAUAUCUGUAUUUUGUCUGAAAGGAGAUACUUGAAAUCAGAGAAUAUUCCCUUUUUAUUCAUAUGCAACUUUAAUCCUUCUGCUUCAGUUACUCCUCAAUAUUCAUUUUUGGUGAUUUUCUUUGCUUUACUUAGUUUGUGUAGCUUCAAUUAUAUUUUGUGUUCAUGCUUCCUUAAAAUAGAAAAACCUAGGCUACUGAAAAGAAUUACGCUAGAAAAAUGACAUUUUUAUUAUUUUUUAUGAAGCUGAUUCUGCUGGACAGACGUGUUCCUUAUUUGCUUUUCUUUUUAAGAUAAUAUAUGAUUAUGCAAAUUGUUGUUUUUCAUCCACUGUUUUUAAUUUGCUAUGGAUCAAUAAACCUAUUGUGACUUUUUAAAAAA